UAGUUAGUUUUUGUUGCCUGUUUCACGGCGGUGUAAAUAAACAAUGCAGUUUGUUUGGCCGAAGAAGGUCUGACUGAAACAUUCUGCUGUCAUCGAGGCGCAGGACUGAAAUCUGCUUCAAGCCGAAUAGAGAUUUCAUUACUUUUGGAGUGGAGUGAGUCGGUUCCUCCAAGCCAUGCACUGCAGCUGUGUAUGGAGCUCCAGGGCUCUGUCCCCUGCCCUGCUCCCUAGGCUGCUGUCCCAUGCAGGAUGCUGGGCUCCGGGGACCAGGCCUAGGGGUAUCUGGAGCUCCCCUCGGAGACUGGCCUCGGCUGUAGAGACCACGCAGCCCAUCCCCCUGCCCAGCCAAGCCCGGGUGGUGAUCUGUGGAGGGGGCAUCGUAGGGACGUCUGUGGCCUAUCACCUGGCCAAGCUGGGCUGGACUGAGAUAGUACUAUUGGAGCAGGGAAGGUUAGGUGCUGGCACCACCAGGCUGUGUGCUGGGAUCGUCAGCGUGGCCAAGCCCAUCUCUAUUGAGUGUAAAAUGGCUGACUACUCCAACUCCCUGUAUGAACACCUGGAGGAGGAGACUGGGGUCAAGACAGGUUACGUGAAAACAGGCUCUCUAUGUCUGGCCCAGAAUCAGGACCGUUUCCUCUCCCUGAAGCGCCUGGCAUCCAGGCUGAAUGUGAUGGGGAUCCCCUGUAACGUGAUCAAACCCAAAGAGGUGUCCAAGCUCCACCCCCUGGUGAAUAUUCAUGACCUGGUGGGGGCGCUCCACCUGCCGGGGGAUGCCGUGGUGUCACCGCCUGACGUCAACCACGCCCUCGCCACGGCAGCAGCCGGACACGGAGUCCAGAUCCAUGAGCGCACCACAGUUAACCAUGUGAUGAUGGAGAAGGGACAUGUGACAGCGGUGGAGACGGACAGAGGAGCCAUCGAGUGUGAAUACUUUGUCAACUGUGCAGGACAGUGGGCGUAUGAGCUGGGCCAGGCCAGUGAGACCAAGGUGUCUGUUCCUCUCCAUGGAUGUGAACACUUCUACCUGCUCUCCAAACCUCUACCAGAGCCUCUACAGCCCAGCACCCCAGUGGUGAUGGAUAUGGACGGGAGGAUCUAUGUGAGAGCGUGGCAGGGAGGGGUCCUGUCUGGUGGAUUUGAGAAGAACCCUAAACCCAUCUUCACAGAGGGACGUAACCAGCUGGAGAUCCAGACCAUGCAGGAGGACUGGGACCACUUCGAACCCAUGCUGUCAGCCCUGUUGAGGAGGAUGCCAGAACUAGAGGUGUGUGAGAUCCAGCAGCUGGUCAACUGUCCUGAGUCGUUCACCCCAGACAUGCGCUGUCUGAUGGGGGAGACACCGGGGGUGCACGGCUACUUCGUCCUGGCUGGAAUGAACGCCUCUGGCCUGGCCUUCGCUGGCGGAGCAGGAAAGUACCUGGCAGAGUGGAUGACGUAUGGUUACCCCACGGCUAACGUCUGGCCGCUGGACAUCAAACGCUUCGGCAACCUUCAGAGCAGCCGAACCUUCCUCCGACACAGGGUCAUGGAGGUCAUGCCCCUGCUGUAUAACCUAAAGGUUCCUCGUUGGGACUUCCAGACGGGCCGGCAGCUGAGGACUUCUCCCCUGUACGACCGUCUGGACACACAGGGAGCCAGAUGGAUGGAGAAACACGGCUUUGAGAGGGCCAAGUACUUCAUCCCUGCAGGGAAGGACCUGCUGUCCCUGGAUGCCAGUAAGACGUUCUAUAAGCCUGACUGGUUUGACAUCGUGGGGGCGGAGGUGAAAUGCUGCAAGGAGGCCGUCUGUGUCAUCGACAUGUCCUCCUUCACCAAGUUUGAGCUCACUUCUACAGAUGACCAGGCGUUGGCGUUGCUGCAGCACCUGUGUGCCAAUGACCUCGAUGUGCCAGUGGGUCACAUCGUUCAUACGGGCAUGCUGAACGAGAGGGGCGGAUAUGAGAACGACUGCAGCGUGGUCAGAGUCAAGAAGAACAGCUUCUUCAUCAUCUCUCCUACAGAUCAGCAGGUCCACUGCUGGUCGUGGUUGAAGAAGCACAUGCCCGACGACCCACAGCUCCACCUAGAGGACGUCAGCUGGAAGUACACCGCGCUGAAUCUUAUUGGUCCGCGGGCGAUGGACGUCCUAGGAGAACUAUCGUAUGUCUCCAUGACUCCCGAACACUUCCCGUCCCUCUUCUGUAAGGAAAUGAGUGUGGGCUACGCCAAUGGGAUCCGAGUAAUGAGUAUGACCCAUACAGGAGAGCCGGGCUUCAUGCUUUACAUACCUAUAGAGUAUGCGCUCCAUGUCUACAACGAGGUGAUGUCAGUGGGCCAGAAGUAUGGGAUCCGUAACGCUGGGUACUACGCCCUGCGUUCUCUCCGAAUAGAGAAGUUCUUUGCCUUCUGGGGUCAGGACCUGGAUCCUUUCACCACUCCCCUGGAGUGUGGACGGGAGUUCAGGGUCAAGUUUGACACGGACAUAGACUUCCUGGGUCGAGCGUCUCUGCUGCAUCAGCGUCAGGAGGGGGUGAGUCGUCGCUUCAUCAUGUUGGUCCUGGAGGAUCAUGACACAGAGCUGGACCUGUGGCCCUGGUGGGGAGAACCUAUCUACAGGAAUGGGGAGCUGUGUGGUACCACCACCUCCUCUGCCUACUCCUACACCCUGGAGAGACACGUGUGUCUGGGCUUUGUCUCGCCGCCCUCCCUGGACGGCUCCCCUGCCGCGGUGACCCCAGACUUCAUCAACAGGGGAGAUUACGAGGUGGAUAUAGCAGGACAGAGAUACCCAGCCAAGGCGAAGCUGUACCCCUUCAGCUCUCUGUUCGCCCAGCAGAGACGACGCAAAGAUGAGAUGGAGCUCAGUAACUUUCAGGGCAAAUGAGGAGGAGGAGGAGGAAGGAAUGUAGGAUCUAAGAAGAGGGGUCUGAGUGAAGGGUGAACUCUCCAGACAUGACCCUUUAACCUUUCUCUCGCUCCACCCUUCUGGUGCCGACCUGUUCUCAGCCUCUCGCUCCACCCUUCUGGUGCCGACCUGUUCUCAGCCUCUCGCUCCACCCUUCUGGUGCCGAUCUGUUCUCUGUCUCUCGCUCCACCCUUCUGGUGUCGAUCUGUUCUCUGCCUCUCGCUCCCACGCUGAAGGGGCGUACCGUUUAACGCACAAUCAAUCCCCUGCCCCCGCAUCCCUCUCUCCUCUUCUCUUUCAUAGUGCAAUAUCUACAAGACACCAAAAACUCCAGAGUUGUCUGUCUGUCAGGACUGCCUCCCAAGGUCCAGAGUUGUCUGUCUGUCAGGACUGCCCCCCCUCCCAAGGUCCAGAGUUGUCUGUCUGUCAGGACUGCCCCCCCAUGUCCAGUUUUGUCUGUCUGGACUGCCUCUCAGUGCGUCCCUCCCUCUACAUAUCACGUGAUAACCAUAUAUUAACUCUAUAUCUGAACCUUUUAAAGUCCUGCGGUCUGAGUGAGUACGGUGGGGAGGACAGUAGUGGUUAUCUGAGGGGGGUGGCGUGACGGAGAAGGGAACAGCCAUGUUAAAUUCCCUCUUAUUGGUGGAAACCCGCUGCCCUGUCCAAUGGGAGGCCUCGUGGUUGGUGGGUGAUUUCCUAUCGAUCUCCCUCUGGAUGGAUGUCUGUGUAAAGAAAGGACAAAUGUUCAAAAUAAAUGUAUUUUUGUAUAUGAGUGAAGUUGUAAAUAUGUUGAAGUAGCACAGAUUUGAUGAGUUGUACCAUGUUUAUCAGACUGAAACACUUUGUACAGAAUAAAACUAUCCAACUAUGA